CUUUUUGUUACCUACCCAGACUAACCACAAUAUGCUAGUAUUAAUAUUCAUUAACUCAGUACUAAAGACUCUUUGUUUUUAACAGAGAUAAACAGGUUUGCAUGAGGAAGUACAACAGACUGUUGUGUUUAAAACAACUUUUGCAUGAUAUUCUAGUGAAGUACAGAAAGGAUUUAAAUAUUGUAAAAGAUCAUUUGAUAGUUUAUGUGCAUAUUUUACAGACUUGGGCAUUUGGUUCAUUUUAAUGUGGUAAUGUUAAUGCUUCACCUGUUGAAAGUACACAUUGGGACUCCUGGAAACUAGUAGUCAGGUUCAUAGAAAUCCACAGUUCUGUGAAGAAAUUGCGCUGGACUUCUGUUUUACUCUGAAUGAAUAACAGACUGCUGUAGCAGCACUUGAGAUGUCUGUCUUUCGUUUCAUGGUUUUUCUGUUCUUCUCCUAUGAACUGGAAUCAAAACCUCAAUAUAAUGCUGAACUGCCCAGAAGAAUAAUGGCACUGAGCGGCUCUUGUGUGCAGAUACCUUGUAGAUUUAAUGUGUCAGAGAUCAGUUUGAAGAGCACAGAAAGAUUAUUUGGCUUCUGGAUGAAGAAGAACCAUGAUUUUAAAAUUUCAAAGAAUUUGGUUUUUAAUGGCAAAACAAACAUAAUCAGAGGAUUUAAUAAUAUAGAGAUACUUGGAAAUCUUAGUCAGCGUGAAUGUACCACUGUUUUCUAUGAUGUGAUGAAGAAUCAUUCAGACAAUUACUACUUCAGGGUGGAAACAAAGCCAUCGGUUUGGAACUACACAUAUAGUGACAACCCAAUCUACAUUUCUGUCUCAGAUUCACCGCAACCUCCCACCCUUAAACCCACUGAUCGGAAAGAAGUGAUGGAGGAAACGACAGUCAAUCUGAGCUGCUCUGCUGAAGCCCCCUGCCCCAAACAACCUCCUACAAUAUCCUGGACUUACAUCCCUGAAUCUGCCAACAUUACAACACAGUUAAAGGAGAAACCGGAUAAAACUCAGUCAGUGUUUUCACGCAUGACCUUCAAAGCUUCAUACAUGGAUCACAGAAGGAACAUCUCCUGCACUGCUACAUAUCCAAGAAAAACAUCUAAUGACACAACUGUGGAGACCACCGUGAUGCUACGAGUCCUGUUUCCUCCAAAAGAAACUCGCAUCACCAUCGUUCCAUCUGAUUCAGUCUCUGUUGGCACUAAUGUGACUUUGACCUGCAAAAGCAAAGCCAAUCCAUCAAAUGACAUGAACUACACCUGGUACAAACGUGGAUAUGAGAACCAGCUGGAUUUUGGAGAACAAUUGACCUUUACUGUAAAUAGGAAGAAUGGAGGCUGGUACUUCUGCACAGCAAAGAAUAAACAUGGUAUUCAGAAGUCAGAAGAGAUCCAGCUAAUUGUGGCAGAAUCACUAUCUUUGAUCAUUGGCUGUGUAGUAGGAGUUUCAGCAUUUCUGUUGAUAUUUCUUCUGAUAACACUUUUCCUCAGAGUGCAAAGAGUAAAGGCAUCCACUAUUAGGGAAACCGACAUCUCAGAUCAGGGUCACGAUAAACAAGUGCAGAUCAGCUCCAUUUUUGCUAAUGGUGCUUUUGUGUCGGGUGAAGAGCUGGAGAUGCCAAAGGAUGAGAAUGAUAUAGUCCACUAUGGAGAGAUUGACUUCUCCACUCCACAAACCAAAAGCACCACAGUGAAGAGCUCAGGACAAGAGACGAUAUAUACUGAGGUCAGAGGCCCAGAGAAGGAGAUGAACCAGGAUUAGUUUACAUUAGAAUAAAUGGCUUGAGUGAACUGUGUAAAUGUAUUGUCAUCCAGUAUAGAAAUAAAACACUUAACAACUUUAUUUUUUUUAUUUAGCUAUGACUGUACAUCACAUUCAUUCUUUGUUUUUGUUUUUUUUACAUUGUGAUUCCAAAGUCUUCCAGUCAGGUGUUUAAAUGUUUAAAAAUCUUAAGUAAUCUGUAAUUCUAAACCUGAUUUAUUUUAUUAUAAUUAUUAUUUUUUUUGGUCCUGAUACUUCACUGUUCCAGUUUUUCUUCAUUCGUUCCUCCCUAAAUGGCAAUUCAAACAUCUGAUUAUCAUUCUAACCCUAUAGUGCAGGCUUAUGUUUUAGUCACAGGUGAGCAAAUAUUAAACUCUUUGUUUU